GGCUGGGCACGCGCGCGCGAAGAUGGCGGCCGCCGCCGAUGGACCGUGUGUGAGCUCCCUCGAGGCGCGACGGAGCGCUUCGCGGUCGCCUGGAGGGUCCGCCACCCGUCCCGGCUGCAGCCUCCCCGCGUCCUGCCCCGGCACCGGGAGCAGUAGAGAACUGUGGACAAUUCUACUUGGAAGGUCAGCUCUGAGAGAACUGAAUCAGAUUGAAGCAGAAUUGAAUAAACAUUGGCAGCGGUUGUUAGAAGGGCUUUCUUACUACAAACCUCCAAGUCCAAGUUCAGCGGAAAAAGUGAAAGCUAAUAAAGAUGUAGCUUCACCACUGAAGGAACUGGGCUUAAGGAUCAGCAAGUUUUUGAGUCUUGAUGAAGAACAGAGCGUGCAGUUGCUCCAAUGUUACCUUCAGGAGGAUUACAGGGGUACUCGGGACUUGCUCAAGAUGGUCUUGCAAGAUGAGAGGCAAAGCCAGGCCUUAAUCCUGAAGAUUGCAGAUUAUUACUAUGAAGAAAGAACCUAUAUUCUUCGUUGUGUCUUACACCUUCUCACUUAUUUCCAAGAUGAAAGACACCCCUACAGGGUUGAAUAUGCAGACUGUGUUGAUAAAUUGGAGAAGGAACUAGUUUUAAAAUAUAGGCAGCAAUUUGAAGAGCUAUAUAAAACUGAAGCACCAACUUGGGAGACGCAUGGGAACCUCAUGACUGAGCGCCAGGUGUCACGCUGGUUUGUUCAGUGCCUUCGGGAGCAGUCCAUGCUGCUAGAAAUUAUUUUCCUUUACUACGCAUACUUUGAGAUGGCACCUAGUGACCUACUAGUAUUGACCAAAAUGUUUAAAGAGCAAGGAUUUGGUAGUAGGCAGACUAAUCGGCACUUAGUGGAUGAGACCAUGGAUCCAUUUGUAGAUCGGAUUGGCUAUUUCAGUGCCCUUAUCCUGGUGGAAGGUAUGGAUAUUGAGUCCCUGCAUAAGUGUGCUUUGGAUGAUAGGAGAGAAUUGCACCAAUUUGCUCAGGAUGGGCUUAUUUGUCAGGAUAUGGACCACUUGAUGUUGACCUUUGGGGACAUUCUACAUCAUGCCCCGGUGCUUUUGGCCUGGGCUCUCCUCCGUCACACCCUGAACCCAGAAGAAACAAGCAGUGUGGUCCGGAAGAUAGGUGGCACAGCUAUCCAGCUGAAUGUAUUUCAGUAUUUGACUCGACUACUGCGGUCACUUGCCAUUGGGGGAAAUGAUUGUACCACAAGUACUGCCUGCAUGUGUGUCUACGGCCUCCUCUCUUUCGUUCUGACCUCGUUGGAGCUGCACACGCUGGGAAAUCAGCAGGAUGUAAUUGACACAGCGUGUGAAGUCCUGGCGGACCCUUCUCUUCCAGAACUCUUCUGGGGAACAGAACCAACUUCUGGUCUUGGGAUCAUUCUGGACAGUGUAUGUGGAAUGUUCCCCCAUCUCCUUUCCCCACUCCUGCAAUUACUCCGAGCCCUGGUAUCAGGAAAGUCCACUGCCAAAAAGGUGUAUAGUUUCCUAGAUAAGAUGUCUUUCUACAAUGAACUUUACAAGCACAAGCCCCAUGAUGUAAUCUCUCAUGAAGAUGGAACUCUUUGGAGAAGGCAGACGCCCAAACUCCUAUAUCCUCUGGGAGGUCAGACCAACCUUCGCAUACCUCAAGGCACUGUGGGCCAAGUAAUGCUAGAUGAUAGGGCUUACCUGGUGCGUUGGGAAUACUCCUACAGCAGCUGGACCCUUUUUACCUGUGAGAUUGAAAUGCUGCUUCAUGUUGUUUCAACUGCAGAUGUGAUUCAGCAUUGCCAGAGAGUGAAACCCAUCAUUGAUCUGGUCCACAAGGUCAUCAGCACAGACCUGUCUAUAGCAGACUGGCUCCUGCCCAUCACGUCCCGUGUCUACAUGCUGCUGCAGCGGUUGACAACAGUGAUGUCUCCCCCCGUGGAUGUCAUUGCCUCUUGUGUCAAUUGCUUGACAGUUUUGGCUGCCCGGAAUCCAGCAAAGGUCUGGACUGAUCUUCGUCACACAGGUUUUUUACCAUUUGUGGCCCAUCCUGUCUCCAACGUGAGUCAGAUGAUUAGUGCGGAGGGGAUGAAUGCUGGUGGGUACGGGAACCUUCUGAUGAACAGUGAACAGCCCCAAGGCGAGUAUGGCGUCACUGUUGCCUUUCUCCGCUUGAUUACCACCCUUGUCAAGAGGGCCUCACAGAACGGUUUCCUACAGGGGCAGCUUGGUAGUACCCAGAGCCAAGGCCUGGUACCCUGUGUCAUGUUUGUGCUGAAGGAGAUGCUUCCCAGCUACCACAAGUGGCGCUACAACUCCCAUGGUGUGCGGGAACAGAUUGGUUGCCUGAUCCUGGAGCUGAUUCAUGCAAUACUGAACCUGUGCCAUGAGACAGACCUGCACAACAGUCAUACUCCCAGUCUGCAGUCUCUCUGCAUCUGUAGUCUGGCGUACACAGAAGCAGGACAAACUGUCAUCAAUAUCAUGGGCAUUGGUGUGGACACCAUUGACAUGGUGAUGGCUGCUCAGCCUCGAAGUGAUGGGGCAGAGGGCCAGGGGCAGGGCCAGCUGCUGAUCAAGACUGUGAAACUGGCAUUCUCUGUCACCAACAAUGUCAUUCGGCUGAAACCUCCUUCUAAUGUGGUGUCCCCCUUGGAGCAGGCUCUCACACAGCAUGGUGCCCAUGGAAACAACCUCAUUGCUGUUCUAGCCAAGUACAUCUACCAUAAACAUGACCCAGCUUUGCCACGUCUGGCCAUUCAGCUGCUGAAACGUCUGGCCACGGUGGCCCCAAUGUCAGUGUAUGCUUGUCUGGGCAAUGAUGCAGCUGCCAUUCGUGAUGCCUUCCUGACCCGCCUUCAGAGCAAGAUUGAGGACAUGCGCAUCAAAGUCAUGAUUCUGGAAUUUCUCACAGUUGCUGUGGAGACCCAGCCAGGCCUUAUAGAACUGUUUCUGAAUCUGGAGGUGACAGACGGCAGUGAUGGCUCCAAGGAAUUCAGCCUUGGUGAGUGGAGUUGUCUCCACGUGGUCCUGGAGCUGAUUGAUUCCCAGCAGCAGGAUCGGUACUGGUGCCCACCUCUGCUGCAUCGUGCAGCCAUUGCCUUUCUGCAUGCUCUGUGGCAGGACCGCCGAGACAGUGCCAUGUUGGUCCUCAGAACCAAACCCAAGUUUUGGGAGAAUUUAACCAGUCCAUUGUUUGGAACCCUUUCUCCUCCCUCAGAGACAUCUGAGCCCAGCAUCCUGGAAACCUGUGCCCUCAUCAUGAAGAUAAUUUGCUUGGAGAUAUACUAUGUAGUUAAUGGUUCAUUAGACCAAUCAUUAAAAGAUACACUCAAGAAAUUUUCCAGUGAGAAGUGCUUUGCCUACUGGUCGGGGUACGUCAAGUCCUUGGCAGUUCACAUGGCUGAGACAGAGGGCAGCAGCUGCACGUCCUUAUUAGAGUAUCAGAUGUUGAUCUCUGCCUGGAGGAUGCUUCUCAUCAUUGCCACCAGUCACGCAGAUAUCAUGCACUUGACUGACUCUGCGGUACGACACCAGCUCUUUCUUGAUGUGCUGGAUGGGACCAAAGCUUUACUCCUAGUUCCUGCCUCCAUGAACUGCCUCCGCCUUGGCUCCAUGAUGUGCACACUGCUGCUCGUCCUCCUCCGGCAGUGGAAAAGAGAGUUAGGUCCUGUGGAUGAAAUCCUUGGGCCUCUGACGGAGAUCCUGGAAGGUGUGCUGCAGGCAGACCAGCAGCUCAUGGAGAAGACCAAGGCCAAGGUGUUCUCAGCGUUCAUCACAGUGUUACAGAUGAAGGAGAUGCGAGUAAGUGACAUCCCCCAGUACUCCCAGCUGGUUCUGAAUGUGUGCGAGACACUCCAAGAAGAGGUGAUUGCACUCUUUGACCAGACCCGCCACAGUCUGGCAUCAGGCAGUGCCACAGAGGACAAGGACAGCAUGGAGACAGAUGACUGCUCUCGGCUCCGACAUAAGGACCAGCGUGAUGGGCAGGUGUGUGUCCUGGGCCUGCACCUAGCCAAGGAGCUGUGUGAGGUGGAUGAGGACGGGGACUCAUGGCUGCAGGUGACUCGCAGGCUCCCCAUCUUGCCCACCCUCCUCACCACCCUGGAGGUGAGCCUCCGCAUGAAGCAGAACCUGCAUUUCACUGAGGCUGCACUGCACCUGCUCCUCACCCUGGCUCGCACCCAGCAGGGAGCCACAGCAGUGGCUGGGGCCGGCCUCACCCAGAGCAUUUGUUUGCCUCUCCUGAGUGUGUACCAGCUCAGCACCAACGGCACUGGGCAGACACCCAGUACAUCUCGGAAAUCCCUGGAUGCCCCUUCCUGGCCAGGGGUCUACCGCCUGUCCAUGUCCUUGAUGGAGCGGCUGCUCAAGACUCUGCGCUACAAUUUCCUGACUGAGGCCCUGGACUUCGUGGGCGUCCACCAGGAGCGGACUUUGCAAUGCCUUAAUGCAGUGAGGACUGUGCAAAGCCUGGCCUGCCUGGAGGAGGCGGACCACACCGUGGGCUUCAUUCUACAGCUCUCCCACUUCAGGAAGGAGUGGCACUUCCACCUGCCUCAGCUCAUGUGUGAUAUCCAGGUGAACCUGGGUUACCUGUGCCAGGCCUGCACCUCCCUCCUGCACAGCCGCAAGAUGCUGCAGCAUUACUUACAGAACAAAAAUGGGGAUGGCCUCCCCUCAACUGUUGCUCCCAGAGUUCAGCGACCUCCCACCACCACUGCUGCUGCUUCUGCUGUCCCCUCCUGCUCCUCUAAACAGCCCACUGCUGACCUAGAGGCCUCAGAGCAGCGAGCCUUGCACACAGUCCAGUAUGGCCUUCUCAAGAUCCUCAGCAGGACCCUGGCAGCCCUGCGCCACUUCACCCCAGAUGUCUGCCAGAUCCUGCUGGAUCAGUCCCUGGAUCUUGCUGAAUACAACUUCCUGUUUGCCCUGAGUUUUACCACUCCCACAUUUGACUCUGAAGUGGCCCCCUCCUUUGGGACCCUCUUGGCCACAGUGAAUGUGGCCCUCAACAUGCUUGGAGAGCUGGACAAGAAAAAGGAGCCCCUCACCCAGGCUGUGAGGCUUGGCACACAGGCAGAAGGGACCAGAACAUUAAAGUCCCUCCUGAUGUUCACCAUGGAAAACUGCUUCUACCUGCUCAUCUCCCAGGCAAUGCGGUACCUUAGGGACCCAGCUGUGCACCCACGGGACAAACAGCGGAUGAAGCAGGAGCUCAGCUCAGAGUUGAGCACACUGCUCUCCAGCCUUUCACGCUACUUCCGCCGAGGAGCCCCCAGCUCCCCUGCUGCUGGUGUCCUGCCCUCACCCCAGGGCAAGGCUACCUCCCUCUCUAAAGCCAUCCCUGAGAGUCAGGAGCCUCUGGUCCAGCUGGUGCAGGCUUUUGUGCGGCAUGUGCAGAGAUAGCACAGUGGUGGGCUGCCUGCCUGCCAAUGAGAGCAGCUCCCGUCACCCUCUUCUAAGUAGCACGACUCCAAACACCCACCUGCUGACAUUAUUUUUGUAAGAAGAGGUCAACAGCAGGGGUGGGGAGCCAGGGGUCUGCUGUGCUUAGGUCUCCUGGCCAAAGCCCCCAGGGGUGGUCUUGUCCUUCAAGCAUUCCCCCACAGCACUUGGCUGGCCAUGGCGGUGGCUGGCAGCACAGGAGGCUGUGUGUGUGUGUGUUUGAGUCUGUUUUCCAUGAUCUGUUCUUGCAGUUUUUUGGUAAUACUGUGGUCUAUUUAUACGAAUAUUAAAAUACUGUUUAUAGACAA